UCUCUCGCGGUCGUUCGAUUUCUUUGCGCCUGCGCAACGGUCAUUCUUUGUCUUUCCUCUCUUCGCUCUCUCUCUCUCUGUCUGUCUCUCGCAAAAGUGAAAAUAUUUGGAGAAAUUUCUUAAAGAAAAAUAAGAAGAAGCAGCAGCAGCAACAGCCAAAGCCAAAGCAGCAGAAGAAGCAGAAUUUCGGUCUGGAGUUUUUUAGUGUGUCAGGAGUGGGCAUAGGUAUCGGUAUCAUCGUAUCUUGCCUUGCCAGUAGUGUCAACAACUUAUUCAAGAAUCGUCAACGAAAAUCUUUACGUUUUUCCGUUCUCUCGUACUCAGUUUUUUUCCACGCGAACGAACGACCUUUGAUAACCCAAAAACAAAACCCGCAAGUGCCAAAAGUUCCGUUUAAGCCCGAGACCAUAACAAACGAAUUCGCAAGUCCCCCAUCAAUGUCAAUGACCUAAAUUCGGGGCAAACUCGGAAAAACAAAGUGGGAAAAAUCAAAUCAAGUCAAUGCAAACACGAACUGCUGCUGCAGCAUCUUCAGCGUCUUCGAUUUAUGCCAAUAGCAUCGGCUGGCUAUAUGUUUGUCUGACAUUUCAGCAGUUCACACAAGCUUGGAAGUUGUCGUAAAUCGGUCUUGUUCGUCCCCCACCCAACCCACAGGAUACACCUGCUGAACUCUUUUUGUACAAAACCAACCUAAAGCAACCUCCAGGACAAGCGACUCAUGGAAACAUGGACAGACGCUCAACGGCGACAGAAGGAUUUUCAACUAGCUUUUCGAAGGACUUAAUUGCUUAAAUUUAUAUGAACAAUUCAGCAGCUUCCAAAUAGGGAAAAUCAGAGUAAUAACUUCCAAACCAAAAGUAUAUAAAUAUCUAUAUAUAUAUUAGAGGGAAAGGAAUAGAAGGAAACGGCCCUUGGAAACUCAAGCGCACACUGCAAAUAACAAAGAACUGCUUCCUACUUUAAAUUAAGCGCAGGACUCGAACAAAAAUACAAAAUAAACAAAAAUAGAAAAAGUAAAGAGAAACACAAGCAGCAGCAGCAAGGCAACAAACAAUCGAACAUGUCACACGCGGCAGCCAACAAAACGGAAACGGAAGCAGCCCCAAACAGCAGCCUCAAACAGUCCGCAGCCCCCCAGCCCGCAAACAGUCACGAUGCCAAGCUGCUCAACGGCACUUUGGCCCGAACCAAUGGAAUAACCCAUGCCGCCAGUGUGGCCACCUCAUCCUCCUCUGGCUAUGCCAGUUCGAGUGCGGUCGGUAAUGGCGCGGGCUCCGGCGGUGCAUCCUCCUCAUUGCCAGCGGCAGCAGCGGUAGCCUCUUCAACGGCCCUGCCUUUGCCGCCCAGCAGCAAUGGCCUACAGAUGCCCUACGAGCGUUUUAGGGCGGAUGAUACUAGUUAUGUGCCCAUCGGACAGUUUUAUGCGGGACGCAGCGUCUUCAUCACAGGCGGCACUGGCUUCAUGGGAAAGGUGCUGGUGGAGAAGUUACUGCGCUCAUGUCCGGACAUAAGGAAUAUAUAUCUACUGAUACGACCGAAACGCGGUCAAGAAGUGUCGGCACGUCUCACGGAACUACUAAAUGCACCACUUUUCGAAUCACUGCGUCAGGAGAAGCCCAAGGAACUCAGCAAAGUCAUACCUAUUUCAGGCGAUAUAACAUCCGAGGAACUGGGUAUUUCAGAAAAAGAUCAGAACCUACUGUGUCGCAAUGUUUCCGUUGUCUUUCAUUCGGCUGCCACUGUGAAAUUCGAUGAGAAGCUCAAACUGUCUGUCACAAUCAAUAUGCUGGGCACGAAACGUCUCGUCGAGCUCUGCCAUCGCAUGCUGUCACUGGACGCACUCAUUCAUGUAUCUACUGCCUAUUGCAAUUGCGAUAGAACCGAUGUGUCUGAGGUCAUCUAUGCACCGCCCUACAAUCCCGAUGAUAUCAUUUCACUAAUCAACUGGCUUCCGGAGGAUAUACUCGAUCAGCUGACACCGCGCCUGAUUGGCAAGCGUCCCAAUACGUACACAUUUACAAAAGCCUUAGCGGAGCAUAUGUUACUUAAGGAGGCUGGUAAUCUGCCCGUUGCCAUUGUGAGGCCAUCGAUUGUGACUGCCAGUCUAAAUGAGCCGUUUGCCGGAUGGGUGGACAACUUUAAUGGGCCAACGGGCCUGGUUUCGGCGCUGGCCAAGGGCAUGUUCCGUACGAUGAUGUGCGAGAAGAACUAUGUGGCCGAUAUGGUACCUGUCGAUAUUGUGAUUAACCUGAUGAUUGCCGCCGCCUGGCGCACAGCGACCCGCAAGUCCAAUAACCUACUCAUCUAUAAUUGUUGCACCGGCCAGCGUAAUCCCAUCAUCUGGUCGGAGUUUGUCAAACAUGCCAUGACGAGUGUGCGCAAGCAUCCCCUGGAGGGCUGCCUGUGGUAUCCGACUGGCGACCUGCGCAUGAACCGCCCCAUGAACACGCUGAAUUGUAUAGCUAAACACUUUCUACCGGCCUACAUUCUGGACGGAGUGGCAAGAAUCAUGGGCAAGAAGCCAUUCGUUGUCAACGUACAAAACAAAAUUGCCAAAGCUGUGGAAUGCCUCGAGUACUUUGCCACACGCCAAUGGCGCUUCAAGGACGACAAUGUCCACGCCCUGCUGCACACGCUGAGUCCCAAGGAUCGCGAGAUCUUCGUCUUCGACGUGCGCCACAUCAACUGGGACAAGUACGUAGAGCGCUAUGUUCUGGGCUUCAGGGAGUUCCUGUUCAAGCAGCGACCAGAAUCGCUGCCGGCCAGCAGAAAGCGCAUGCUCAGGCUCUACUAUCUGCAUCAGCUGACCAAACUGGUGGCGGUGCUGCUCACCUGGCGCUUCCUGAUGUCGCGCUCGAAGCGGCUGAACGACUUGUGGAGCUCCUUCCUGGAGAACGCGCUCAAAAUGGCGCGUUUGAUACCCUUUUUGUAAUUAAGUGGAGAUGGCGAAAGGUGUAGAAGCUUGGAGACAGCAGCUACGGACAUAUGUAAAUGUGGAUCUGGGAUCUGGCAGGAUCUGCGAUGUUCUUCUUCUUUGCGAUUUCUAAAUGCUUUAACAUGGCGUACAUUUUAGAGGUUUUAUAGCAAAUAGUUAUAUUCAUAUUUUUUAUAUAUGUUACAAAAUGAGUAAACAAACAGCAGAAGCCACAAACAAACAUCCAUACAACCACGACGACGACGACGCAAUGAGCGCAUCAUCAGCUAAACUAACAGAUUUCUAAAAUAUAUAAACAUUAACGCAAAUGGGGUAAUUAAAUGGCAUCAUCAUCCAAAACAUUUAUUCAGGUGCAAUGAUUAGGUCAGAUGGUGAGAGGCAGGGCAGGGCAGGUGUUUUUUUUGUAGAGAGCCCGUGUGUCGGAGUCGGUUGUUGUCUCCAUCUAUAUAUCUCUCUUUAUCUCUCUCCUUCUGCGAGAUUGUAAAAUUUUUGUGAAAUAAUUUAAAACGCGCAAGGAGAAAGCCCAAAGUUGAAGUAAAUUCCACCUUUUUGCAUAAAGAGAUUUGGGGAUCGAGUGAAUUUAUGGUCGGGAUUCAUCGAUAAUGAAGCAAUUUGCAUGAAUUAGUACAUCCAAAACUAUACAAAAGACAAAAACAAAAAAUAUAUAAAAAAUAAAAAAUAAAAGAAAUUUGAAGAGACAAACAAACAAGGCGAUUAAUUCAGCAAUGAUUAGUAAAGAGAAUAAAUGAAAUUAAAAUGAAAUGGCUUGUUAUUGCUUUAAAAAUUACAUAAACGUAACGUAAACUAUGCUAAUUAAUUAAUAUUAAUUAUAAAUAUUAUUACGUAACGAGCGAACAUUGCAUAUAAAUAAUACGACAGAAACAACAACAACAACAAAAAAACCAACAUUAUUUAUAAUUGAAUGUAGUUUUAACAUUUUUACAUUUACAAUUAAGUUUUCAAUUUAUAUAAAAACAAAGCAGAAGGAGCGGAAAUUAUAUACGACAGGAGGAGACAAAACAAAACUUCAGAUAUACAAAAUUCAAUUUAUGUAUAUGUAUAUGACAAAAAGCGAUAAAAACACAAGCGAACAACAACAAAAAAAAAAACUACAAAAAAAUCCAUAAUGAUAAUAAAUUAAUGAAAACAAAAAUUAUAUUUAUAUAUAAACAUCAGAAACAUAAUUUCUUAGCAUUUGCAGCCUAAAAACUAAAUCUAAGCGUAGCCCAGAAAUGGAGUUUCCAAAAAAUAACAAACCUAUGAAUGAUGUUUUUUGAGACAAACGCAAUUAGUGAAACAUGAUUAUGAAAUUUAUAUUUAAAUGCGAUAAAUUACAAAACAAAAAAAAAAACAAAAACCUAUACAAAAAGACACACACACAUACACAUACAGAAACCAAGACACAUAUAGUAAGAACAUUCCAUCCAGUCAGUAGGAAAUCGGGUCAUCAAAACCAACUCUUCCUCCACUUUGGACUUUUGCUUCCCGUCUCGUUUGAUCGAUAUGGGCCAGGUAAUACUGGCCGGGUUAAUAUACGGCCAGGAUAUAUAGUUCGUUCUCUCGGGUUCGUUUUCGUGCAAUUAUCAAAUAUCUUAUGUUAUGCCUAGAAUUUAUUAUGUUUUAUUUCUAAAUCGAUUUGUAAAUUGCAGUGCAUCAAUAAAAUACACUUCCAAAAUAAUAAUACAACUA